AUGUUUCGAAAGCAUGCGGCUCGUGGCUUCUGGCCUCGGCCCCUCCAUAGCUCAUCAGCUACAGCUCCAGCAGCUUUCCAGCUACGAUGUCGUUAUUCAGGAGGCGCCUCGGUUCGACGUCUCACCACAACUCCUCUGCUUCAAGCCGCCGUGAGGCGAUCGAGAACAACCGUCAAACUCUCCGACUUGCCGCAGGGAAAGGUUGCUGCAGAGCCUCUCUCAAUCGAAGAGCAACAGUUACCGCCGUAUCCCACCGUUGUGCUCCAGGCGCGCCAGAACAUGGACAAGUUUGAGGGCUGUGUUCUGCUCACAAGAGUGGGAGGCUUCUAUGAGCUCUAUUUCGAGCACGCUGAAGAGUAUGCGCCGCUGCUCGGUCUGAAGCUGGCUUCCAAGAAGACGAGUCGCGAAAACGUGCCCAUGGCUGGAUUCCCUUUCCUCCACCUGAACAAAUUUUUGAAAAUGCUGGUGUACGAUUUGAAUCGACACGUCGCCUUGGCGGAAGAGUUUCCCAACGAUGCUUCCGAAAAGGUCAAGUCCGGAGGCCUCAUGCAUGAUCGUCGAGUUACCAGAAUCUUCACUCCGGGGACUCUCAUUGAUGAGGACUUCAUGGAUCCCUAUGUCAACAGUUACAUCAUGGCAAUUCACAUCUCUCAGGGCGCUGCUGCUGGAACCACGCAAUCAGCAGCCUCCUCGUCUCCCCAGACCUCAGAUGCGGCAUGCACAGGCUCUACGCCAAUAGGCUUAGCAUGGCUUGAUCUCUCUACUGGACAGUUCUUCACUCAGUCCACAACACUGUCAUCUCUACCUUCCAUCUUGUCCCGCAUCGCCCCACGAGAAGUCGUCCUUGAACAAACAUUCGAGCUUCAGAAAGAUCAUGACAUUUUCUCCAUGCUCGCAGACGAUCGGCAUCUCAUCUCAUUUUCCCCCCAUGAGAGUCUGGCAAGCGUCAAUGACUGGGAACCGUUCCUUGAAUCAGAUAUUCCGAAAGCCUCACGCGAGACUUUCACAGAGCAUGAGGUCGUCGCGGGUGGCUUGGUGCUGAACUAUGUCAGGAAUUCGUUGCAAGACCUGAGCAUGAAGCUUCAACCACCAAUUCGCUACGAAAACAUGCAUACCAUGACCAUCGACAAGAACAGUUUAAGAGCGCUUGAGAUCAAGCAGACUAUCCGCGAUGGCUUCUUCCGCGGCAGUCUUCUUCAUGCGAUACGCCGCACGGUCACCAAGAGCGGCGCUCGAUUGCUCAACGAAUGGCUCGGCUCUCCAUCCACAUCUCUAGCUGUGAUUGAAGCUCGACAAGAUCUUGUUGCUCGCUUCAUUGAAGCGAAGGAUCUGAAGGACUCCUUGAUUGUUUUGUUACGACGAAGCCAUGAUUGCCACAGACUGCUUACAAGGUUUCUGCACGGACGAGGUAGCCCGGAUGAUUUACUCGGUAUAGCAAACACCAUUCGCGCAACCGAGGAAAUCACUACUUUGCUGAAAGAGGAAGCACAGAAGGAUCAUACAUCAUCCUCACCAGACUGUCUUGCUGCACUAGUGUCUCGAAUCGACCUCGAAGAACCUCUCAAGCUCGCACACCGGAUUCAAGAGUCUAUCGACGAGGAAGGGAUUGCUCAGCAACAGGUAGCAGCGGCAUCCGAGGUAGAAGGAAUCGUGGCUCUAGCCCAAGAUGUUAUCACUUCAGAAGGCACCCAAGAGGACGCCGCGGCUUUGCUCAAGGGGAAGAAGAAGAAGGCAACCAGUGUCCGAGAGGUCUACGGUGAGGAUAACGAGCCAUGGAUCAUGAGACCAGCUGCGAGCAAGGAGCUCCAAAAGCUCCACGACGAGCUCGCGUCACUGCUAGAAGACAAGACCAAUCUGGGAGAGGCCCUUCGCGAGCGCUUUGGGGCAUCAAGCUUGACGCUCAAGUGGGCAGCGGGCAUAGGUCACGUCGCCCACAUCAGGGGGAAAGACGCUAAGAACCUCGCCGAGAUUAAGACCGUCUCUUCGAGCCGCAGCACGAAAACUUUCCAGGUCCCCGAAUGGACCACCCUCGGCCUGCAUCUUGACCAAGCAAAACUUCGCAUCCGGCGCGAGGAGCAGCGUGUCUUCCAAGCCCUGAGGGAACAUGUCGCCAAGAACGUGAUCAAGCUGCGGCGCAUUGCCGCCGUGCUGGACGAAAUUGACAUUGCGACGUCGUUUGCAACGCUCGCCGUUGAGCAGAAGCUCGUCCGCCCCAAGUUGAACGAUUCAAGAACGCAUGUCAUUAUCGCUGGCCGGCAUCCGACGGUGGAGGGCGCUCUCUAUGCGCAGGGGCGUCGGUUUGUCGACAACGACUGCGUCAUUGGGCCACCUCCAGACGGCCUCAUUUGGCUGAUUACUGGACCGAAUAUGGCUGGCAAGAGCACAUUCCUUCGCCAAAACGCGCUGAUUACGAUAUUGGCCCAGAUUGGAUGCUACGUCCCUGCGUCGUAUGCUGAACUAGGCAUUGUCGACGCGAUAUUCAGUCGCGUGGGCUCGGCUGACAACUUGUUCCAUGACCAGAGCACCUUCAUGGUCGAAAUGCUUGAGACGGCCCAGAUUCUACGGCAGGCCACGCCACGAUCCUUUGUCAUCAUGGAUGAGAUAGGUCGGGGAACGACACCCGAAGACGGCACGGCGAUAUCGUUUGCCUGCUUACACCAUCUGGUGACCAUCAAUCAAUGCCGAACGCUCUUUGCGACGCAUUUCCACGACGUAGCCGACAUGGCGGCCGCCGAGGGCUUCUGCCAGCCGCAGACUGGGUCCGUCCGGACGUACUGCACUGACGUGGAGGAGCGCGAAGAUGGAAGCUUUGUCUACAUUCAUAAACUACGACCAGGCGUCAACCGGCAGAGUCACGCUCUGAAAGUGGCACGCUUGGCAGGGUUACCGCAACAUGCGAUUGACGUUGCGAGGAAGGUAUUGGAGGCCGCAGAGGCAAAGGAUAGCGAGGCUGGGGGUGGCGAGUCGCAGGAUGCUGCAUAG